AUGUUCGACUGUAUCACGUGUGGAAAAGUGUAUACACAUAACCGUGGUCUAAACAGGCAUUCGAAAAUCCACGACGGUUCAACAACUUCAUGUGGGCUAUGUGCAAAGGUCUUUACGCAGCAAAGCAACCUAUCGCGGCACGCCAAGAAUGUCCACAAGGCCGCCCGCCUGCAUACCAACGACCACCGCAAUGCGGUUCGAAUAGGCAGCGCAAUGGAUCGUCCGACGGUUAAAGACUGA